CAUUCUCUUUCGGUGCUCUCUCUCUCUCUCUGGUUCCCGAAAUUGGCCUGCGUCGGAGACGAAUCGAAGAGGGUGUUUGUUGAAGCAAAAGGCGAAUCGAAAAGGGGGUUUGGUAAAUCGAAAGCCUCUUCGAAGAGGCUGUCUCUCCCUCUCUCUCUGUCUUGUUCCCGAAAAUCGCAUGCGUCGAAAACGAAUCGAAGAUGGCGUUUAGUGAAUCGAAAGGCGAAUCAGCAAAGAGCUGUCUCUGUCUCUGUCGCUGUCGCUCCCGGAAACCACAUGCAUCAACAAUCGAAAGGACGAGAGGCAGGCAGAGAAGGAAGGAGGUGUCGAUUCCUCUGCGAUUAGGGUUUCGUCAAGAGAAGUGAGAAUGGUGGCGGACAAGAGCAAGAAGGCGAAAAUUGAAGAGGAAAACGUGGAGCAAAUCGAUGGAGAGCUUGUCCUCUCGAUCGAGACGCUUCAGGAGAUCCAAGACGACCUCGAGAAGAUAAACGAAAAGGCUAGCGAUGAAGUGUUGGAAGUGGAGCAGAAGUACAACGUGAUAAGGAAGCCUGUUUAUGACAAGCGUAACGAGAUCAUCAAAGCCAUCCCUGACUUCUGGCUCACUGCUUUCUUGAGCCACCCUGCUUUAGGUGAGCUUUUGACUGAAGAAGACCAAAAGAUUUUCAAAUAUCUUAGCUCUCUGGAUGUUGAGGAUGCGAAAGAUGUGAAAUCUGGAUACUCCAUCGCCUUUCACUUCAAUCCCAACCCCUACUUUGAGGAUGAGAAACUCACCAAGACUUUUACCUUCCUCGAAGAAGGGACAACGAAAAUCACAGCCACACCUAUCAAAUGGAAAGAGGGCAAGGGCUUACCAAAUGGAGUGAAUCACGAGAAGAACGGAAACAAACGUGCACUACCUGAAGAGAGUUUCUUUACCUGGUUUAGCGAUGCGCAACACAAGGAGGACCUUGAUGUAGAGAUUAAUGACGAGCAGGUUGCGGAUGUCAUCAAGGAAGAUUUAUGGCCCAACCCUCUCACCUACUUCAACAAUGAGGCUGAUGAAGAGGAUUUUGAUGAAGAUGACGAUGAUGACGAUGAUGAAGAUGAGGAGGGGAAAGAAGGUGAUUCUGGUGAAGAUGAUGACGAAGAUGACAAAGAUGGUGAGGAAUGAUGAGAUGGUUCCUUCCCCAUAAACCACAUUUGCUUACAUGUAAUGUGUCAAGUUUGUGUGUUUGAAUAGUUCUUUUAAUUUACGCAAAAUGUCUCGUGACAACAAAAGACAAGACAAGCUAGUAGUAUCUUUUGUUUGUAUGAAAACUCUUUCCAGAAUUUGUUGCAGUGUCCGUACUUAGAA